ACAACCUCAAAGUAGUCAGCAUUUGUAAAAAAAAAGUUUGAAUUUUGUUCAUCUUUCGCAGCCUGCUAUGUUGCUAUGUUAAUCAAUGUAUGAGACACUUCGAUAAGUAAUAGGAGUAAUAGGGCGUGUCCAUAAACAAUGAUGUCAUGUGGACCUUCAAACAAUUGACUGUGAUGCAUUAUGCAUAACGUUACGAGAAGUAAGCAAAAGCAAAACUUGGAAAUGGCGGAGAUAUAAGAGUAUACAUGUAACGUUAGGCUUUCUUUGGUGAAAGUCAUUAGGCUCAUGGCUUGGGCUACAGUAGUAGUGUGGGUAGGUCUGGCAUUGUUCGCUGGUUCAGUGGAAGUCACAUUUCUGGACCGAAUGACGAGAAAGGAUAAGACCAAAGUAGAAGUUCAAAGAACCGUCGUGAAACCAUCCCACCCUCAUGGAAGACAUAAUAAUCUCCAACUAUACUCUAAACAACAUUUAUCAGAUUUACCAAAAGGAAGACAUGAUUUAAAGGAGAGCAAAGUGAAAAAAAGAGACGACUUUGAGUUUAAUUCGAGGAAAAAUAUUACUUCCACUAGCAAAAUAAUUGGGAAAAGUUCGGCGAUAACAACAUCUUAUACAACAUUUGACAAACUGGGAGGAAGCUACCCACGAAAGGAAACUAAAAACAAAAUGUAUCAACGAAGGAGAAAAAUUCCUGAUCAUUUUAAUGCACCAUCGCUUCCUGAGCGUUGGGAUUUUAAAUUCUCUGACGGGUCGGCACGGGACGAGGAUGGUCUUAUUAAAAGGUCCCGAAACAGGGUAAGAUUAAAAACACAAAGAUCACGCCCAAUUAAUGUGAAUUCGACAAAGCAAAACGUUAUCACAUUUGACUCUAAAGCGCCCAUCGACUCAGAUAUCCCAAAGGAAAAGAAAAGGCAGCAAAUUUCUGGAGGAAUCACAAAUACUAACCGCUUUAAUGCGUUCGGUAAUGGAAACGCCGUGGGAAUAUCUGGUGAAACCAUGCAGCUAGCUGGAAACCCUGACAGUUUCUUUGCAGAUCCUAUGGCUGCCAGACCACAACAACGGGUGCUUCAUUCAACCCACUACUUUGCUCCAGCUGUCCACAAGUUUUUGCCAGCUCAGCACCGCUACCCCAGUCCUCCCAUACACAGAUAUCUUUCUUCUCCAGUGAUUUUUAAAGAUGGAAACAGAGAGGGUUACCCGGCACUCGGUGGAUUAGAAAGCGGAGCAGUUUCAGGUCCAGUUGGGCCAUUUGGACAAGCACAAAUGCCGCCUUUUAUUUCUGGACCUGCUCAUCGUGGGGACCGUGUGAUAGUUGUAAACAGACCGAUCCACCCCCCUGUCCCAGUGCCAGUGAACGGACCUCCCAGGGUUGUCGUUGUCCAUCACCCAGCGCCGUUACCACCUCAACCUGUUCCUAUGCCUUUCAUUCCGAGGCCUCCGCCAUUCCUUAUCGUGCAUCACAGAGAAUUUUCCAGUCCAAUUAUUGACCCUUGCGGUGUUAAUCCGUGCAGAAAUGGAGGUACUUGUACAGCAGUGGUCACCGAAUUCAAAUGUAUUUGUCCAUUGGGAUACAAGGGAGACAGAUGUGAAGUCCAAAGUAGUUGCACACCAAAUCCAUGCAAGAACUUUGGCAAAUGUACCGAGCUUCCUGACGAUUUCGAAUGCACUUGUCACACAGGCUUCCACGGAAAGGCAUGCGACAUGGAAAGCAAGUGUGAGCCCAACCCAUGCAGGAACGGGGGAGUGUGCACUGAGAACAUUGAAAGUUAUACGUGUUCUUGCGCGGCUGGCUUCAUGGGUAAAAAUUGCGAACAGGAAUCCAAGUGUUUACCCGUCAACCCGUGUCAAAAUGGAGGCAUCUGUACUGAAGAUCUGAUCGGUUAUAAGUGCAAUUGCAAAGAUGGAUACAAUGGAAUAAACUGUGAAGUUCGAGAAACAAACACCGCCUGUGAUAGUUAUCCGUGCCGAAAUGGCGCUACGUGCAUUGCUGACGUCUAUGAUUCGACCAGAUAUUCUUGCUACUGUUCAUCAGGUUUUACAGGACUAAGCUGCGAAGAUCUUGCAUGUGGUAGCUGCCCUAGUCCAGGGAUUUGCAUCAAAGGAGUUUGCAGGACAGAAAAAGGUUUCGAAUCUCUUGCCUUUGCUACAUCACCUUGCAUGCCCAAUAACCCUUGCCUAUUUGGCGGCCAUUGUCUACCAAAUGGAGAAGAUUACUCUUGCUUGUGUCCGGAAGGUCGAGGGGGAUCACACUGCGAGCAUUUUUUCCAGGAAAGCAGUUGUAAUGGCUGCCAUCAUCAUGCUGUCUGCAUUUCCAGUAAAUGUAUGUGCAGACAAGGAUACUUGGGUGACGGAAAGAUCUGCAGACCAAAACCCUCGCAGUGUCAUCCCAACCCCUGUGAGAAUGGUGGCACUUGCCGUGAUGAGGAUGCCGUCGACUCGCAUCAGCCUGACUGGUGGUGCGAGUGUCCAAACGGAUACAGUGGAAGACGGUGUCAUGUGUUCGACCCAUGUUCCAAUUUCAAGUGCCACAAUGGAGGAACAUGUGAAUCCACAUAUAAUGAGCAACGCUGUAUUUGCCCAGCCCCAUGGGAAGGCCCAACAUGUCUACUCGAUAAUUACUGUUUACCAAAGAACGGCGAAAACAGGAAUCCUUGCAAAAAUAGCGGAAAAUGUGAAUUCACCAACGGCGAAGUAAAAUGUGUUUGUCCAAUCCAGUAUGAAGGUCCGACUUGCGCAGAAAACAAAUGUAAUAAAUGCGACAAACACGCAUUUUGUGAUGAGGGAAUUUGUAAAUGUCGACCCCCUUACACCGGUGACGGAAUAACAUGCAACGAACCGGAAGAACUAGGAAAGGCCCCAACAACCACGCCCUCUGAACUUCCAAACAGCUGUUCUCCAAACAAAUGCUUGAAUGGAGCAGCAUGCAUCGAAGGAAAAAACACAUUCUAUUGCGUCUGCCCAGAACACACCUCUGGCAGGCUCUGUGAAAAGAAAACUACUCCUACAACUGCUCCACCUAAAGCUGCGUGUCAUCCAAAUCCUUGUCUCAAUGGCGGCCUGUGCAAAGAAACAGGAGUCAACCAGGACUUUGAUUGUGUUUGCCCUAAUCCUCGGUUUAAAGGAAGGUUUUGUGACGUGGAUAUGUGUGCUGAAUGUGAACCUCAUGCAAGAUGCAUAAAUGGAAAAUGUUUCUGUCGGAGGGGUUACAAAGGAGAUGGAUAUUCCUGCAGGAGAGUUAAACCAAAAAAUAAAUGUCCGCCGUACUCCACCACAAUCAGCGGUGAUAUCUGUAUUUGUAAUCCUGGCUAUUUCAUGAGCAAUACUGGAAAACGCGCCUGUAUCGCGAAUGAUGAUAUAUCCCGAAAAACAUUACAGCAUGGGCCAAAGCUUGAAAUUCCUCCUCCAGCAGAAAAUCCAGUUACACGAAAUGGACAACAGUGGUCAGAAGACAUCAUAGUCACAGAAUACCGUAGCUUGGGAUGCUGGGCUGAUACCACUGACUGGCGAGACCCUUCAAAACGUGCAAUGAUGGUCAUGGAAGGUUUGGAUCCACUCCUGGCUGAUAAUUACCACGAACGGAAGCAACCAAUCAGCAAGUGCGCAGACGUGGCUAAAAGGCUUGGUCUUAGAGUGUUUGCCAUACAAAAUGGAGGACAGUGUUUUGGUGGCGCAGACGAAAAUACUUACAAAACGUAUGGUUCGUCAGAGAAAUGCGCUGAUGGAGUUGGGGGAUCCUUAGCUAACGAUGUAUACAAACUCUGAGAAAUCAUGUACAUGUACCUGGAGUCGAUCGGUGAUGAAUACACUGACUUGCCAGUCGUCCUAAGCAGGUUUCCAAGAGUUAUGAAUCGUUCAGUAACAACCUCUGUAUCUUAAAAGAUUGAGAACGCCUGUCUAUAUGUGUUUCAUACAUAAUUUUCGACAAUUUGCAAUAAGAAGUCGAGACAUGCAUUUUAAAACAUUAGAAAUCACCGUUCUGUUUGCUAGCUUGAGUUCCAUUGCAAAUUUAAAUAACCUGAGCAUGCGCUCGUUUCUCUCCUGCUAGUAAUGAAACUGAGCCAGCGAAAACGCUAAAAAUUCUUACAGUUAUUGUAAGGUAAUCUAACUAUACGUUCCAAUCCGCAUAGGUAAAUUUUUUUAUAAGGACUGUACAGUGUCCAGGAAUGAGAACCCUCUAUGUAGACAUCAGGCCUAAAAGGGUCAAAAUGGCGGCUCAUCCACGCAAACAUAUAUCAUGAACCUUGUUAUAAAUGUUAAAUCUGGGUUGGAUCUUAAAGCGACAUAAAUGUUUUAGUUUAAAAAAGCAAUGGCCCAGUACUAUUUUUAGUCUUAGUCUUCAUUUAUAAGAUUAAUAAAGGAAUUAUGCAUCAUCA